AUGAAUAGUGCAAAUGGCAAGCAAAGUGCCACCAAUACCAAUAGCCGAAACACUCCCCUAAACAAACCACUUAAUCAUGCAUCAUCUAUUAGUGUAUCAGACUCACAGGCCAAAAAUGCUAAUCAACUACUCAACGCUUACAUAUACGACUUUUUGGUCAAGAACAAGCUACCACAAACAGCUAAAAUCUUUGUCAACGAAGCUGAAGUUCCUUCUGUCGUUGCACCACCAGGCUCUCAAAUGCAACACCUGACUCCAGGCAACGAAGCAACAGCUAAUUCUCAAAGACAGCCGCUGCAAUCACCGCUGCAAAUGAAGUUUUACAAGGACCACGAUUUACCAAAAAUGAACUUGGCUAUGGAUUCUCCACAAAGUUUCCUAUUUGAAUGGUGGCAGAUAUUUUGGGAUAUAUUUCAAGCGAAAAAUGGUGGAUUUAAUGGGGCCGGCUCAUCGCAAGAUCAAAAUGGUAAAUCAAAUUUAGCCUUGAGGUAUUAUCAAUUACAGUUGUUAAAACAAAGACAACAACAACAGGAAUUGGCAAUGGCAGUACCUGCGUCCAUGACCAACUUUCAACAACAACAAGCAUUGCAAGCAAUGCAAACUCAACAGGCCCAACUUACACAACAGGCAGCACAACAGUCUAAUCAACAGCAACAAGGUACCCAACCUCAACUUCAACCACAGCAGGGUCCACUACCACCACAAGCACAAGCACAGGCGCAAAUGCAGGCACAAGCGCAACUUCAGGCACAAGCACAAGCACAAGCACAGGCACAGGCACAAGCACAAGCACAAGCGCAGGCACAGGCACAGGCACAGGCACAGGCACAGGCACAGGCACAGGCACAAGCACAAGCACAAGCACAACAUGCUAAUUCCCGUACCCAACAGCAAAACCACCAGCAGCAAGGACAAAACAUGCCAUUUCCUAAUCAUCAGCAAGCCCAAGCUCAAGCCAAUUCUCAACUGAUGCAACAACCAGGUGGACCAAAUGGACCAGUUGGGCAAGGUGUAUCUCGCGGUCCAAACGCACCACAGCAACUUGCGUCUCAACCACCAUCGGCAUCGUCAGCGCAUUUCCCAAAUAUGGGAGCUGGGAAUACACAACCCAUGUUUCCCGUAAAUCAACAAUUUCAGUCUCAGCAACCACUGCAGUUGCAACAGCAACAACAACAGCCGCAACAACAGCAACAGCAACAGCAACAGCCGCAACAACAACAACAGCCAUUCCCUAAUAUGCCCAAUUCUCAGUUUGGAAAUAAUCCUUCAAUUGACCAGCAAAGAAUGAUGAUGUUGAUGAAACAGCAAGCUGCAUCUGCAGCUGCAGCUGCUCAAAGACAGAUUUCGAUUAACAUGGGAGGAAAUCCGUCUCAGGACCAACAGCAGCAGCAGAAUCAGGCUUUACAGAAUGGUAAUGCUAGUAGCCCAAACAGUAUGAAUGUUCAACAGGAAUUGUUUAUGCAACAACAGCAACAACAGCAACAUCAGCAGCAACAGGCUCAACAGCAGUUGAAAAAUUCGUUACAGCAACAAGCGCAGAAUCAGAUGAAUAGCUUGCGUCAACAGGCACAACAAAACAGCAAUCAGUUAAACUCAAAUAAGAACAGUGGUCCGUCAGGCCACAAUUCUCCUGCUGGUUCUUGGCAGCAACAGCACCAACCAUCACAGGGCCCCGCAACUCCUUUCCCUAAUGGUCCGUCAGGUAGUCAAUAUACGCCCUCAGGACCUGGUGGAAAUGGUGGCAAUACUCCUAGAAAUGUCACACAAGCACAGAACAAUAACCAAGCUGCACGUGGACAGCCUGGUGGAAGGGGCAGGAAUGCUGGUACAAAUGGAAAGCUGGCGAUUGUUAACGCCAAUGCCAAUGCCAAUACAAACGUUCCACUUGGUACUAAUAUACCUAACGGUAGAAACAGCAAUGCGUUGCAGGAUUACCAAAAUCAGCUUAUGCUUUUAGAAAAACAAAACAAGAAGAGAUUAGAAAUUGCUAGAAACACGGGGUCGGACCCCAAUUUAUUGGCUUCAAAUGGCUCCGUGCAACAAGAUGCCUCUAACAGUCAGGUCUCUCAAACCCAAUCACAAUCACUGCACACAACCCCAGCCAUGUUUAAUGCACCUCCACCUCAAUUUAGUCAAAAGCCAUCCCCAGCAACAACAAACAGCUCACCAUUGAUCAAUAAUAAACCGUCGCCAGCAAUGGGCAAUAAAAAGCCAAAGAAAGAACCAACAGGUAGGAGAAGUCGGAAACAAAGUGUUGUAUCGAUGCAAGCAAGUACACCUUCAAACACCGGUGUGGACAGCAGCAAGCAACAGCAACAGCAACAGGGCCCACCAAGCACGUCACAAAAUCAACCUCAGCUUCAGAGACGCGGAUCUUAUACACCAAAUAUCGGUAGAAAAGAGUUUACGCCGCUUACACCAGUUAGUGAGCCUGUCACUGAUAACAAAAAGAAGCGGAAGAUGAAUACUGUUGCCGAAUCUCCUCGAAACCAGAAAACUGCAGCUCAAAAGGCGUCAGCCUCGGCAGAGACGAAGCAACAAGGUCCGUCCAAGAAGAAAGUUGCCAAAAGAGACGAGCAGCCAGGAGAUAACAGCGUUGCCAAGCUUGCCAACGACCACAAUAACAACGCCCAAGAACCAAAUUUCAAGAACGAAUUUGAUGAUUUCCAUGAAGCAUUUGUUACGUCUGCAGCACCAAAUCAUUCUUCAUUCCCAGAUGAUCAUCUAGGUGCAUCGUCAUCGAGCAACGGACAAAACUUCUUCAAUGUGGAUUUGUUGUCAGAUACCCAUCAUCAAAACACUAAUGCCGGUAAUAAUAAUAAUAAUAGUGGCGGUAGUGGUAUUACUGGUGGUACUGGUGGUACUGGUGGUACUGGUAGUGCUAAUGGCAGCGGAAGCGGUGGUGCCAAUAUAAAUGCCGAUCUUUUUGGCGGUGCUGGUGGUGGAGUCAAUUCAGCUGCUUUUGAUGAUAUUGAAUUUGACAUUAAUCAGUUAUGGGGCGAUGAGAAUGUUGUUGACCUGGGGUUGAAUGAUGACCUUGCAUUCAAUUGGAAUGUGGAUGCAAUUGAAAACGGUGAUUGA